UCGCCUGAAAGUUAAGCUCAUGGCAUCCGUUGUUCCACCAUGGCGCCCAUCCUAACAGUGUCGCUCGUCUCUGGCGAAGAACUCGGCCGUUUCAGUGCCUCCAAUGUGGAGAACUUGAAGCGCCAGCUGUUUGCCCUGCCCCGGAGUGGCUGCCUUCGUCAGGCUGACCCCAAAUCCACACAAUUGGUCGGCAAAGACGGCGUGCUCUCUGAAUGGCAGAUCUUCACGGAGGAUCAAGACCUGCAAAUCCUUCUUGCUCCACGGAAGCAUGCUAUCAGCGUGCUUCUUCGCUGUCAACCACCCUCAGCCCCGUGCGCGGACGAGAGGGCACCUUUGGUCUUGGACACGGUGCAUGGCUUGGUGACCGACGCCCAAGGGAAGUCGAUUGAGUUGGAUUAUGUUUUUGAUGAAGCUGAUGGCUCCAUGCUCUUCAUGGAGCUUUGGGAAGACAUUCUUUUGCAAAGUUUGAAGGGACGACGAGCCUUACUGCUUGCUUACGGUGCAGCCGACUCUGGAAAGAUGCAGGGUAUUUUUGGAGAAAAUGGAUUGGUCCUGAAGACACAUGAGUUUCUCCAAGCCCACGUCCGAGCAAGCUUUGUGGCAGUCGAGUUCAUUGAACUAGUUACCGAAAAAGCUUAUGAUUUGUUGGCCGGGGAGACCACUUGGGAGCAUCAGCAUCCUGUGCACUAUAGCCAGGAUCAAGUGACCCUGGAAGGAGUACAACCGCGCCCCAUAGAUGUGUCAACCGCGAUGCUGCUGGGUUUGGCAAACCGACAUGAACGUGACCGCUACAUUUCUCCCAAGGAGGGAAGCACCAUCAUACCCGACCAAAAAAUCUUCUGGGCUAUAUCUCAAGUCCUGCGGCAACUCCUUCCUGAUGGGAAACGACGCCAUACACGGUGCAUUCCUUACAGAGAAUCUGCAGUGACCAUGCUGAUGUCCAAUGUAUUGCGAUCUAUUUCUCCCCAGCUCGUCGUCCUGGGCACCGAUGGUGGUGACACGGAAAGGACCCUGCGACUCCUCAAGCAAGUGCGUGGCUGCCUACUGGUCGCUGAUGAGAAAACUAAUGGAGAAGAACAGGAAUGAAAUCUCUUGACCAGUUAUUUACCUUUCCCUGGUCCUUAGUACCCAACUUUCACCGUGGCCCAACGAAGUUCACCUCAGAAGUUCGACCAAUUCGUCUUUGCCGUCUCGGCCAUGAAGCACCUGAACGAGCACCUGAACGAGCGCUUUGGACCGCCCGACGAAGCAGCUGAGUGGUCCGUGCCAAAGAUGGAGUGGCGCUGAGAAGUCCGGUUCUGGACUCAGGC